AUGGAAAAAUUUUUAGAAUUUGAUAAGAGUGUUCAACAAAUGCAAGAUGUAUUUCAUUCAAAAGCAUCCGAAUGGAAAAGGUGCUAUCGGAGCUACUUAAGAAUUUAUCGUGAUAAAUUGCCUGAAGUUCAAAAGAGAAUGUGCAAUUCAUAUUUAAAAUCCAAUCGACAAGGUGUUAUCAAUCUUAUAAGCCUAAUGAAAUCACAACGCAGCAACAUUAAUAAAUAUAAUAGCAAUUUAUUAGCACAUCAGUUUCUUUUAGAAAUUAUCAAUGAAAUUCAUAUUCCACCAGAAUAA